GAGAGCUACCUCCUGGGGUUCCAACUAAGCUCACUUUUCUGUGUGAGUGGACAUCUGAGGAGUGAAUACAGAACACACUACUACACCUCAGCUUCAUCUACAGAGUAAGUGGCCAACUGUACUGUUCUGUACUUCUGCUUUUAACUGUGAUCCACUAACUCUAGUAGCUAUAAUUCAGUAAUGUAGUGUGUAGUGAGUAGAGAGUAUGUGUGAGAGGACAGGUUGCUGUGUGCAGCAUGUAUGUGGUUGAAACUGGCCUUUUGGCAUUUAGUUCAUGCACCUAACAAUGAACACCAAGGUGUUAGCACUAAAAUUAAAAAGGUAUUGGUUUUGUGUGUCUGAAUUAGACGUUGUUAUUUCUAUGACCGCCGUAAUGCCAGUCCCACUGGUGUGGUAUUUCAUGGUGCAGUGUUUGUUUUUGUUGACAUUCCACAACUGAUUGGUGGUUGUCUCCUGCCUAUCUUAUAUCUGUUGACUGCAGCUGCACCAAAUCCCAUGUUAAACAAACAUGUUUGGGGGGGAAAACGUGGAAAAACACCACACAAAAACACUACAGUGCCUUCAGAAAGUAUUCAUAUCCCUUGACUUAUUCCACAUUUUGUUGUGUUACAGCCUGAAUUCAAAAUUGAUUCAAUAUAUUUUUUCUCUCUCACCCAUCUACACACAAUACCCCAUAAUGACAAAGUGAAAACAAGUUUUUAGAAGUUUUUGCAAAUGUAUUGAAAAUGAAAUAGAGAAAUAUCUCAUUUACAUACGUAUUCACACCCCUGAGUCAAUACUUUGUCGAAGCACCUUUGACAUCAUGGGGUAUUGUGUGUAGGCCAAUGAAAAAAAAAUCAAAAUGUAAUACAUUUUCCAGUCAGGCUUUAACACAACAAAAUGUGGAAAAAGUCAAGGGGUGUGAAUACUUUCUGAAGACACUGUAUAUGGCAGCAUAAGUGCAUUGGCCCUUGAUACGAAUCCCGUGGCUCUAAACGUCUAGGGUGGAUGGACAUGAGACCCGUAACAUAAUUCAGGCAAAUUAGGAGUGUGACAUGGAACAGUGAGAAAAAACUACGCGACAACCAUAAACUACCGUCAAACAUAAAUGGUUUAUUUCUGAACACACGGUAAAGGUUUGGGAAAAAGGGCUGAGCAGGACCCAAGAAAUGAAACAAUAGUGUAAAACACCCCUAAACUGAUCUUGCCUGCAUCAAGAACCGCUAAGCUACUGCUAAUCAUAAAAAAAAUACAGUGGGUGGUCCGCUCAGGUCUAGCUAGUGUUUAUAGACAGUUCUUUCUACGGGAAAUGUAUGCCCAAGGGCAGCUUGCUUAACUUCCCCUUUUCCCAGAAACACACAAAAUAGCCAAACCGAGUAAUUAGCAAAUUAGUGAGUACACAAUACACAGGACACCACCGUAUCCAUACUCACAUACAAAAAGUAGUCAAACAAAGUUACUAAACAGCGGAACCAGCAACUUAGUGAGUAAACAAAAACAGGACACCACAGUGUCCAUACUCACAUACGGAAACAGUCUCUCUCUAACAAAGUUACCAAACAGAGUAACCAGCAACUUAGUGAGUAAACAAAACACAGGACACCACAGUAUCCAUACUCACAUACGGAAAUAGUCUCUAACAAAGUUACCAAACAGAGUAACCAGCAACUUAGUGAGUAAACAAAACACAGGACACCACAGUAUCCAUACUCACAUACGGAAAUAGUCUCUAACAACUGACCGGCUUUUAAACAAUGGGAUGUGUGAUUGAAAAACCAGCAACAGGUGGUGCAAUGCAGAGGAAUGUUCACUGAUUGGUCCACCUUAGCAAUCAGCAGACACCCCAACGACCACCAAUCAGGAACAUACAGGACACCUGUGAUUAGGGCAGAAGGAGAGGAAAAACACAAAAAGACACAGGAUACCUGUAUCCGUAACAGCCCUUUUUUACUGCUUUACAGUAAGAACACACAGUUUGCAAAUGGUGUGUUAGAGGAACUUGGCUCUGCUUGUGGAAACAUCUGGAAAGCAUUGCUACAUAGGUUUCUUGGAAUAGAGGAGAGUCUUUAUUAGGAGUCUUUUUUGGGAGUAAUGGAGCAAUGCUCACUGACAUUCACAUUCACUUUGUAAUGAGAAAUGGUGGACAACUUGAACCCAGGCAUAUUCCCCUAAAUUUUUCUCCCUACCUCUGUAUCUUUCUCUCUUAAUCGCGCUCUCUCUCUCUCUCUCUCUCUCUCUCUCUCUCUCUCUCUCUCUCUCUCUCUCUCUCUCUCUCUCUCUCUCUCUCUCUCUCUCUUUCUCUCUAUUUCUCUCUCUCUCUCUCUCUCACCAUUCUGAUGUAAAUGCUGAUAAUUUCUCUUCAAACUGAAUAUAAACUCAGAGCACCACGUCUCAAUAUGAUUUAAAUGAAUAGCACAUCUCCUCUAUCUGAUUUAAAAUAGGGCAGUAGAUACAGAACACCAGUAGAGAUUGAAGUAAGCAGAAGUGUAAUUGGAGUCCAAAGUAUAGAUACACAGUAUCCAGAGUACAAGGAAAAGAGCUUGACUGGAAAUCUUGUGUCAUUUACAGAUUUUCUACUUCCUGGGUUGGAUCACUUAGUCGGACAGGUGUGACAGGUAUGACGGCCAACGACCUCCAGCUGAACUCUGAACCCUUGAGGUCGGAGCCUCCCGCCAGAUGCAGGAGCCCUUUCAACAGCAUCAAGGUAGGCUGUGUCACCUCAAAGCUACAUGUAACAUUUCCACCUGCAACUAGCGCCAAAUGUCAAUUACAAACCAGUAGUAGCAAAGGAAUAGAAAUCCAUGACAGUAGCAUAUUUUUUAGAACGCCACACAACAGUGCUGAUUACCAUAAUAGCAUUUUACUAUCCGGCUGUUGCUGUUGUGUGCACAAUUUCCAAAAUUAUUGGUUCUCGUUUAUUACAUGCUACUCCCAGUGGUGUAAAAUACUUAAGUAAAAAUAUUUUGAAGUACUACUUAAGUAGUUUUUGGGGGUAUCUGUACUUUGCUAUAUAUAUUUUUGACUACUUUUACUUUUACUACACUACAUUCCUAAAGACAAUAAUGUACUUUUUACUCCAUACAUUUUCCCUGACACCCAAAAGUACUCAUUACAUUUCAAAUGCUCAGGCAUGACAGCAAUAUGGUCCAAUUGAAGCACCAAUCAAUAUAACGCAUUGUCAUCCCUACUGCCUCUGAUCUGGCGGACUCACUAAACAAAGAUACUGCAUUUGUAAAUUAUUGGUGUGUGGGAGAGUGUCCCUGUCUGUCCGUAAAUGUAAAAAAACAAGAAAUUGCGGUGUCUGGUUUGCUUAAUAUAAGGAAUUUGAUGUAUAUAAUUUACUUUGUACUUUUGACAACUGAAUACUUUUUCUACCACUGUACUUAAGUACAUUUGAAACCAGAUACUUUUAGACUUCUACACAAGUAGUAUUUUACUGGGUGACUUUCACUUUUACUUGAGUCAUUUUCUAUUAAGGUAUCUUUACUUUUACUGAAGUAUGACAAUUUCAUAUUUUUUCCACCACUGGUUACUCCUGUCUCUCACCUCUCACAUCAUUACUCUCAACUUUCUCAGUGAAUGUCAAUGUUCGAGAGGGUAAAUUGACUGAUUUACUAAUAAUAAUUAGUAGUUAUUUAUGAUGCAAGCUGAUUUGUAGAUAAUCUGCAAUGUCGAAAAAGCACAAUUCAUGUAUUGGUCUGCUUUGUGUGUUGUGUUGUCACAGAACUGAGACAAUACCAGGAAGUGAGGACAAAGGUCAAAUCUAUGUCUACAGACUGCUGUUCAGGAGUCCAGAAGAUUUAGACUAGGAUUCUGUGAUGUUAGGGUCACAGAGACAGCCAGCGUGCUAACAUUAAGGAGUUUAACCUACAUUCAUUGACAGGAUAUCCUCAUGUUGUGGGAUUGGAGCCAAAAAAUCUCAAGUCCAUCGUCAGAGAGGAAAGGGAGUGAAUCUUCCUUGUUUUGCGUUCUGAAAUGUAGUUUAUUUCUUAUUGUAGUGAAAACAUUGAUGUGCGUCCUGUAGCCUACUGUGAUUUUCCUCUGUAGCCCCAGGAGGGGUUGUGUUUCCUGGUGUUUUCAGCACAUCCUUGUAGUGUUCCCAUGAGUUAGAAACACAUAAACUUGGCUUCUGUGUGUCUCUUUUUAACUACAAUGUUUUAUGAGCCUACGUUCUCGUGAAUUCACUUGUAAAACAUUAUCUACAGUAGAGUUAAGAUAAGAAACUCUGCAAAUAAAGAAUUACUUUAAAAAGAUUAGGGUUAGGCCAGGGUUCUUCAAUUCCGAUCCUGGAGGGCCGAAACACCUCUGUUUUUCAUCCUCUCCUUCUAAUCAGGGGCUAAUUCAGACCUGGGACACCAGGUGAGUGCAAUUAACUACCAGGUAGAAAUAAAAAACAGAACUGUUUCGGCCCUCCAGGACCGGAAUUGAAGAACCCUGGGUUAGGCAGUUUGUAUUAUAUGUAACACAUUUUGCUCUGGGAGUGAAAAUCCUCAUAAAGUUUCUCAUAGGCCUAUAGAGUGGCCAUUCUAAAGAGAGAAAACCAGACCCUCUUUAGCCCUCCAGGUAACUACAGUAGCGGUAUGUUUUGUUACAUUACAUAAUUUAUUUACAUAAAGGUGAAACAUGACGUGAUUCCACAUAAAGUUCUCCUGAAUAUUUGAAUCAGACUUUUGAGCUUUCUGUAGACCAUUGAUCAGAUCUGUCAUAUUAAUUAUUACUGUAGUAAGCUGGAAACAGUACUUAUUUUUCCUACUACACGUAUCUAUAGUCUGUCAGCCUCUCUCUCCUCUAGUUCUUUGUGCUAUGCCAUGGUAUGCUCCAGCUGGCCCAGCUGUUGGUGUCUGGGUAUCUGAAGAGCUCCAUCUCCACUAUAGAGAGACGCUAUGGCUUCUCCAGCCAGAAGUCUGGCAUCCUGGCCUCAUUCAAUGAGGUGAGCGUGUCAUGCACCCCGCCACUCUACUGGGCUGGUUCAGAUAACAGGGCGAUUUGUUCCAAAUUCAUGCAGGUUCAGAUGAUUCUUUUCAGAAGAUGUACUUUUAAUUUUCACAUGUGAGAGGGUGCACAUGAGUGUGUUAAGGUGUGUGUGUAUGUGUGUGCGUGUGUGUGUGUGUGUGUGUGUGUGUGUGUGUGUGUGUGUGUGUGUGUGUGUGUGUGUGUGUGUAGGUGGGGAACACGGUCCUGAUAGUGUUUGUAAGUUUCUUUGGUAGCCGUGUUCACAGGCCGCGGUUCAUCGGUGGAGGGGCACUGGUGGCCAGUCUGGCUGCUUUGAUGAUGGCCCUGCCUCAUUUCAUCAGUGGCCCCUAUGAGUACACAGUCCACAUCAGCCGUAGGUCACACACACACAAAUGCACACACGUACACACAUUUGUUUGAAUCUCAAAACAGAAAUAGUAGUUAUCACCUAACUUCUAACUCCUUCCUACCUCUACCUUUUUUCCAUAGAAUCCAGGGAUGACAUCUCUGGCCUCUGCCAAUUAGAGAGCUCCUUCCAAACACCCUUGUCCAAUCACAGCUGCAUGCAGCAGGAGAGUCAUGCUCAGCAGGGCGUAUUCCCCCUCCUGCUCCUAGGACAGCUACUCCUGGGAAUCGGCGGCGUUCCCAUCCAACCCUUCGGAAUCUCCUACAUUGAUGACUAUGCCAGCAAGAGGAACUCUCCCCUCUACCUCGGUACAAUCACUGGGAAUGACACAUUCUGUUCCAGGUCUUUGGGGCCAAAACGUCAAUGUUUUUAACUACAAAUCUUUAAGAAGGAGAGUUCCACCAUUCUUCUGUGACGUUCCUGCAGCUUUUGGCUGCACUCAAUCACCUCCAAUACUGGGAAUACUUGCAGGAACAUUAGAGGGAGUGUUAGAUUAAACAUUUCACACAUAACACUGGUGCAGGAUGUGACAAAAAUAGCAAUGAAACAAAAGUGAAUGUAUUGUAUCCACUCAUUGUUUGCUGCUCUCAAGGCUGUGUCAUGUUUAGUCUUUAUAAUAAAAAUUACAAACGAUGAGCAGACUUUCAUUUUCUUUUUAUCAACUUUGAAGUAUGAUCUGGGGAGAAGCAAAUCAUGAGCAAUCUCACUUUAUUUUCUGUUUAACUGUAUUGACCGCACAACAGGAGUGUCUGACUGUGGUUCCCCCCGCAGGUAUUCUCCUGGCUGUCACAUCUAUCGGUCCUGCAUUUGGUUUCAUGAUGGGCUCCUUCAUGCUGCGCUUUUAUGUCGACAUCAACAAGAUGUCCAAAGGUUAGCACACACACUCACACACACACACACACACACACACACACACACACACACACACACACACACACACACACAUACACACACACAUACACACACACAGUCCAGGCGCUCCGCAGAUGUUCACAGCAUGUCUCAUCUGGAGUUGAUAUUGGGAAGGAACAUCCUUACCACACUACUGAAAAUGAGUUUCACCAAAACAUUAUUAGGAUUAGGGUUAACGGUUAGGGUUGAACCAGAAUGUGGACAUAAAGCUAGGGUUAGGGCUGAACCGGGAUGUGGACAUAAAGCUAGGGUUAGGGUUGAACUGGGAUGUGGACAUAAAGCUAGGGUUAGGGUUGAACCAGGAGGUGUCUCUGAGGGGUCUUUGGCUUGGUUUGGCUUGGUUUGCUAACGACCUCUCUCAAAGAGUGCAGUGAAUAAAGUCAGAACAUCUGCUGUCUCAGCCACUGCCUGUCAUCAAGGGAGUACCCCAAGGCUCGAUCCUAGGCCCCACGCUCUUCUCAAUUUACAUCAACAACAUAGCUCAGGCAGUAGGAAGCUCUCUCAUCCAUGUAUAUGCAGAUGAUACAGUCUUAUACUCAACUGGCCCCUCCCCGGAUUUUGUGUUAAACGCUCUACAACAAAGCUUUCUUAGUGUCCAACAAGCUUUCUCUGCCCUAAACCUUGUUCUGAACACCUCCAAAACAAAGGUAAUGUUGUUUGGUAAGAAGAAUGCCCCUCUCCCCACCAGUGUGAUUACUACCUCUGAGGGUUUAGAGCUUGAGGUAGUCACCUCAUACAAGUACUUGGGAGUAUGGCUAGACAGUACACUGUCCUUCUCUCAGCACAUAUCAAAACUGCAGACUAAGGUUAAAUCUAGACUUGGUUUCCUCUAUCGUAAUCGCUCCUCUUUCACUCAAGCUGACAAACUAACCUUGAUUCAGAUGACUAUCCUACCCAUGCUAGAUUACGGAGAUGUAAUGUAUAUAUCGGCAGGUAAGGGUGCUCUCGAGCGGCUAGAUGUUCUUUACCAUUCGGCCAUCAGAUUUGCCACCAAUGCUCCUUAUAGGACACAUCACUGCACUCUAUACUCCUCUGUAAACUGUCAUCUCUGUAUACCCGUCGCAAGACCCACUGGUUGAUGCUCAUUUAUAAAACCUCGUAGGCCUCACUCCCCCCUAUCUGAGACACCUUCUGCAGCCCUCAUCCUCCACAUACAACACCCAUUCUGCCAGUCACAGUCUGUUAAAUGUCCGCAAAACACACACAUCCCUGGGUCGCUCCUCUUUUCAGUUCGCUGCAUUCAAAGACUCAAUCAUGGACACUCUUACUGACAGUUGUGGCUGCUUCGCGUGAUGUAUUGUUGUCUCUACCUUCUUGCCUUUUGUGCUGAUGUCUGUGCCCAGUCAUGUUUGUACCAUGUUAUGCUGCUACCAUGUUGUGCUGCUGCCAUGUUGUGUUGCUACCAUGUUGUUGUCAUGUCGUGUUGCUACCAUGCUGUGUUGUCAUGUGUUGCUGCCAUGCUAUGUUGUUGUCUUAGGUCUCUCUUUAUGUAGUGUUGUGGUGUCUCUCUUGUCGUGAUGUGUGUUUUGUCCUAUAUAUUUCUUUUUAACCCCUGUCCCCGCAGGAGGCCUUUUGCCUUUUGGUAGGCCGGGAUGUGGACAUAAAGCUAGGGUUAUGGUUGAACUGGGAUGUGGACAUAAAGCUAGGGUUAGGGUUAGAAUACAAUAUAGGGUGGGUUAUGUACUAAACGUUGUGUUAGGGUGUUCUCUUUACAUGCCUGAGUUUGAAGCCCUGAAUAAAAUCAGGGGUUAAUGAAGACUAGCUGGAAUAAUGUUCAUGAUAACGACGACGUUAUCUUCACUCCACUGUGAAUUCUAACAAGCAAAUAUUAUUUUAAGAUUGACCUCAUUCUGUGUGAACCAAAGCCACUACAACAGACAUGCUCUCUCCCUGCACCUUAGAAACAGGAUUUACCACAGUCAUGGACCAGUGUCCUGUAUUUCCAGUCUGCUCUCAUUGAUCUCAGCUUUCCAGUUUGAUGCAUCUCAUUUAUCAAGAUGUGAGAGCGUUGUCUAUGACUGGAUAAAUGUUCAAACUGUUCAAACGCCUGCUGAAGUUAAACUAGGUAAUAUUAGAUUAUUCCCCAUUGUUUUGAGGUGUGUGUGUGUGUUUGUGUGUGUGUGUGUGUGUGUGUUGUGUGUGUGUGUGUGUGCCCGUGUGUGUGUGUGUGUGUGUGUGUGUGUGUGUGCCCGUGUGUGUGUGUGUGUGUGUGUGUGUGUGUGUGUGUGUGUGUGUGUGUGUGUGUGUGUGUGUGUGUGUGUGUGUGCCCGUGUGUGUGUGUAUUUCCUCAAGCCUGAACUAGCGCCUUCUGCAAGGCACACACAGUUCAGCUUAAUGGAACAUUACUUUGUCCUUGCAAGAGCAAAUAUUUAGAUAUACAGUGGGGAGAACAAGUAUUUGAUACACUGCCGAUUUUGCAGGUUUUCCUACUUACAAAGCAUGUAGAGGUCUGUAAUUUUUAUCAUAGGUACACUUCAACUGUGAGAGACGGAAUAUAAAACAAAAAUCCAGAAAAUCACAUUGUAUGAUUUUUAAGUAAUUAAUUUGCAUUUUAUUGCAUGACAUAAGUAUUUGAUACAUCAGAAAAGCAGAACUUAAUAUUUGGUACAGAAACCUUUGUUUGCAAUUACAGAGAUCAUAUGUUUCCUGUAGGUCUUGACCAGGUUUGCACACACUGCAGCAGGGAUUUUGGCCCACUCCUCCAUACAGACCUUCUCCAGAUCCUUCAGGUUUCGGGGCUGUCGCUGGGCAAUACGGACUUUCAGCUCCCUCAAAAGAUUUUCUAUUGGGUUCAGGUCUGGAGACUGGCUAGGCCACUCCAGGACCUUGAGAUGCUUCUUACGGAGCCACUCCUUAGUUGCCCUGGCUGUGUGUUUCAGGUCGUUGUCAUGCUGGAAGACCCAGCCACGACCCAUCUUCAAUGCUCUUACUGAGGGAAGGAGGUUGUUGGCCAAUAUCUCGUGAUACAUGGCCCCAUCCAUCCUCCCCUCAAUACGGUGCAGUCGUCCUGUCCCCUUUGCAGAAAAGCAUCCUCAAAGAAUGAUGUUUCCACCUCCAUGCUUCACGGUUGGGAUGGUGUUCUUGGGGUUGUACUCAUCCUUCUUCUUCCUCCAAACACGGCGAGUGGAGUUUAGACCAAAAAGCACUAUUUUUGUCUCAUCAGACCACAUGACCUUCUCCCAUUCCUCCUCUGGAUCAUCCAGAUGGUCAUUGGCAAACUUCAGACGGGCCUGGACAUGCGCUGGCUUGAGCAGGGGGACCUUGCGUGCGCUGCAGGAUUUUAAUCCAUGACGGCGUAGUGAGUUACUAAUGGUUUUCUUUGAGACUGUGGUCCCAGCUCUCUUCAGGUCAUUGACCAGGUCCUGCCGUGUAGUUCUGGGCUGAUCCCUCACCUUCCUCAUGAUCAUUGAUGCCCCACGAGGUGAGAUCUUGCAUGGAGCCCCAGACUGAGGGUGAUUGACCGUCAUCUUGAACUUCUUCCAUUUUCUAAUAAUUGCGCCAACAGUUGUUGCCUUCUCACCAAGCUGCUUGCCUAUUGUCCUGUAGCCCAUCCCAGCCUUGUGCAGGUCUACAAUUUUAUCCCUGAUGUCCUAACACAGCUCUCUGGUCUUGGCCAUUGUGGAGAGGUUGGAGUCUGUUUGAUUGAGUGUGUGGACAGGUGUCUUUUAUACAGGUAACGAGUUCAAACAGGUGCAGUUAAUACAGGUAAUGAGUGGAGAACAGGAGGGCUUCUUAAAGAAAAACUAACAGGUCUAUGAGAGCCGGAAUUCUUACUGGUUGGUAGGUGAUCAAAUACUUAUGUCAUGCAAUAAAAUGCAAAUUAAUUACUUAAAAAUCAUACAAUGUGAUUUUCUGGAUUUUUGUUUUAGAUUCCGUCUCUCACAGUUGAAGUGUACCUAUGAUAAAAAUUACAGACCUCUACAUGCUUGUAAGUAGGAAAACCUGCAAAAUCGGCAGUGUAUCAAAUACUUGUUCUCCCCACUGUAACUAAUAUGGAAGUCAUACACUAUAUAUAAUACAUAUCUUAAGUUAUUUACUUCUUUAAAACGGUGCAUGAUAUGAGAUUAAUUUCUAUGAGAGAAAUCUGCUUUAUUCCCUUUUUGGAGUAAAAUAGGUUCUUAACUGGAAUUUGGGUUCCUACAGCUAGUGUGACCUCAUUCUUUCAGUCAUUCACUUCAGUCAUUCAGAAUGAAUGUGGAGCUUCUCCCAGUGAAAGAGAGUGAUUUCUUCCUGGAAACUGCUAUCAGUUUGACGGAGAUUCAAUGUUCUGUUGCAUGAUACUAAGGGAAAAAACAACUCUUUCUCUUAACACUGUCUAAAAUUGCUCAAAAGGGUAUAACAUUUUGAAACCAGGAACUGUGCUCAGGGAACACUUCCAUACAUACAGUACAUUUGAUUCAAUUGAUUAUUUAAUUUAAUCAUUUAUUGAACAUUUUUAUUGUAUUAUUUAUAAAUAAUGUACUUUGCCACUAGUACAGUAACAUGUCUCUCUCCUGUCUCCUGUCUGCAGAUGAGAUAGGUCUGGAGCAAGGGGACCCUCGCUGGGUGGGAGCCUGGUGGUUGGGCUUUGUCGUGGCAGCCUCCUUCCUCUUCCUCACCUCCCUGCCCUACCUCUUCUUCCCCCGACAGAUGCCCAAAGAGGUGAUGGGAUACCAGCUGAGUCCUUGUCACGGUCAUGAAAUAUAUUUAUGAUUGAUUGACUCUAAUGAAAGUUGCACAAUCUUCUCUUAUAGAAAAUGUGUGGUUCAGAGCAAGUAAGAGUGAUGUGGUUUGACCUUGUUGAAUAAGGUCUUGGCUCAUAUCCAUCAUUCUGAAAGAGAAAUGUUUAGAAGAUUUUGGUUCUAGCACAAAGAAGAAUACUCGUGCCAGGUCUUGCUCAAUAGUGAAAGUGGCUGUAAAUCACAUUAACAUGCCAGAGCAUAACCGGGCGCGCACACACACACAAACACAAACACAGACGCACAGACACACAGACACACACACACACACACAGAGAGAGAGAGACUGUCUCUUGAAUGCUGGAGCUUUAAAAGCUCUAAAGCUUGGCGUGUAACUUGAGUGCACUGCAUUGCACCAUACACUUUACAUUUAAUCAUUUCGCAAUCAGACAAACUAUCUCUUUGCUACAUCAUGUACCCCAGGUCUGUCAAAGGCUAUUAGAGAGAGAUAAUGCAAUACAGGCAGGAUUACAUGUUUACUGUACCGUAUUCACACUCCAAUCUGCUGAAACAAGAGUAAAGUGCAUCAUUGUGGUUCUUCCUCUCCCCUGGUUAGGAAGCUGCAGGCGGUGCCACAGAACCCAGAGCCGAGGAGGAAAAGAAACCACUGCCAGACCCCGUCCAGGAACUCACCCUCACACAGUUCCUCAAAAGUUAGACUCUUUUAUAAGACCGCAUCCGUCUGUUUCCUUUCCAUUUCCCUUCAUUGUGUCUGUGGGUGACUACAUGGCGUUGAGGAUGACGGUCACAGAUGUCAUGAUACUGAUAGUAUAUGAAAAGUAGUUGUGGUGGUCUCUCUCUUCCUCUAUUGUUGCCUCUCAUCCGUUGUUAAGUAUUGUCUGAAGCAGUUAGGUCAUUGGCCGGCAUUUCGGAGAGGAAAACAAACACCUUUCUCGCUUCGCUCGCCUCUUCCAUCUCCCUCUCGUCUCCCUCUCUUUCCCCUCCCCUUCUUUCUCCCAGGCUUCCCCCGUAUCGCUCUACGGACCCUGCGGAACCCCAUCUACCUGUUGGUGGUGCUGGCACAGGUCCACCUGGCAGCUAUGAUAGCCGGCCUUGCCACCUUCAUGGCCAAGUUCAUAGAGCGCCAGUUCACCCAGACCGCCUCCUUCUCCAACAUGAUGAUCGGUGAGAGACACCAUUCGUUAUCUCUGUGGAACAUCCUGGUUUAGAUGAAGGUUAGGGUUUGUCUAAUAAAUUAGAAAUAGAACCAAUGGACCAAAUUAAAAUUCCACUCCAUGGAGAGUGAUUGCUUCAGUCAAAUCUGUGUUUGACAUAUACACACUUAGUACUAGCUGAUAAUAAUUAUGCUUCAGCUCUCCAUGGGUCUAUGAGAAGCACAGAGCGCAUAGAAAACUCCCACAUAAACACUGUGUCCGCGCCCCGUGGAAAUCUAAUUAGCAUAGUACACAAAUACCCAUAAAACUCUGUCAGUUUAAUGAUCAACUGGAGGUAAUCAUUCACAGAAGCUGCCCAGACGAUAAAGACUCCAUUGUAUGUGCAGAGCACCCAUGCCACUCAUGUUUAUAGCCUUGGAAUACAGUAUGUUCUCUUUGAUGAACAGGGGCAAAUCUGGAUGGGAUUUACUUGCCCUUUACUCCAGUGUUGUAGCCAUUUCUUUGGUGGGGAGCAGAAUCUCCAGCAUUAGCACCUGAAGCUGCCAAUAUAUCAACAUUUUCUAUGACAACCAAAUAAGGCCGACCAUUUUUAGGAGGGGGUUAACAGAGCUAGGCAGAGGGGAACCACCCUGCCUAAGUAAGGGGAAACACUGGUUACGUUCCAGGUUGUCUUUCUCAAAGUCGGGAUGCGCACAUCUCACAGUGUUUAAUGUCUCCGGGAACCAUAUUAACAUAGCUAUCUUCUGAGAUGUGCAGGGUGACUGCAAUAAACAUGAUCUGGAACGUGUCUACUGCUUUAAUCUGAGUGACCCUUACUCUUUGAUCUCUGUGUGCCUGUAGGUGGGGUGAACAUCCCUCUGGCGGUGCUGGGCAUCGUGCUGGGUGGGGCUCUGAUGAGGAGGCUGAAUAUCUCUACUAGAGGCUCUGCCCUCAUGUGCACGUCAGCCAUCUUGAUGUGUGUACUCACCGCUCUACCUCUCCUCCUCCUCGGCUGCUCCACACAGAGGGUCACCGGCAUCUACCCCACCAAGUAGGUUGCCGUCUCAAAAGGUUACCCUCACCUCACCACUCUCCUUAAAACAACACUUAAGCCAUAAGUUGCCAUUUUGUACUCUACCAGGUACCAUUUCUCUUACUUCUUCUUCUGUUCUCAGACAGAACAGGUCAUUGGAGUGUAGCUCUGGGUGCUCCUGUCCGACCGAGGCCUUUAACCCAGUGUGUGGCUCAGACGGGGUGGAGUUCAGAUCGCCCUGUCAUGCAGGCUGCAUGACCAAAGUACUGGACAACAGCACCAGCAAAAUCCUGGUAAACCACUACACCUGCCUAUCCAUAAAUGGGCCGAAUCCUAACUUCUCCUGGCCAACCAUUCCCAUUCAAUGAAUCUUCCAUGUAUUAUAUUUGCACAUGAACUUAAAAAAGAAAGCAGAGAGAAAACAAAAUCCCAUUCGCGAAAAAGUGAAAGCAUGAACCACCACAUUUAACCAUGGCAAGGUGACUGGGAAUAUGGCAGAAUGCAAACAGAGUGGUCGUUCCCUCCGCAAGGUAAUCAAACAGGUAAAACGUAAAUAUCGAGACAAAGUGGAGUCACAAUUCAACGGCUCAGACACAAGACGUAUGUGGCAGGGUUUACAGACAAUCACGGACUACAAUAGGAAAGCCAGCCACGUCGCGGACACCAACGUCUUGCUGCCCGACAAGCUAAACAAGCUCUUUGCCCGCUUUGAGGAUAACACAGUGCCACCCGACCCGGCCAGCUACCAAGAACUGUGGGCUCUCCUUCUCCGUGGCCGACGUGAGUAAGACAUUUAAACGUGUUAACCCUCGCAAGGCUGCCGGCCCAGACGGAAUUCCUAGCCGCGUCCUCAGAGCAUGCGCAGACCAGCUAGCUGGUGUGUUUACAGACAUAUUCAAUCUCUCCCUAUCCCAGUCUGCUGUCCCCACAUGCUUCAAGAUGGUCACCAUUGUUCCUGUACCCAAGAAUGCAAAGGUGAACUAAAUGACUAUCGCCCCGUAGCACUCACUUCUGUCAUCAUGAAGUGCUUUGUAAAGUGGUUAUCCCACUGGCUAUAGGGUGAACGCACCAAUUUGUGAGUCGCUCUGGCUAAGAGCGUCUGCUAAAUGACGUUAAUGUGCCCUUGAGCAAGGCACUUAACCCUAAUUGCUCCUGUAAGUCGCUCUGGUUAAGAGCGUCUGCUAAAUGACUAAAAUGUAAUGUAAAUGUUUGAGAGACUAGUCAAGGAUCAUAUCACCUCAACCUUACCUGUCACCCUAGACCCACUUCAAUUUGCUUACCACCCCAAUAGGUCCACAGACGAUGCAACUGCCAUCACACUGCACACUGCCCUAUCCCAUCUGGACAAGAGGAAUACCUAUGUAAGAAUGCUGUUCAUUGACUAUAGCUUAGCAUUCAACACCAUAGUACCGUCCAAGCUCAUCAUUAAGCUUGAGGCCCUGGGUCUCAACCCCGCCCUGUGCAAUUGGGUCCUGGACUUCCUGACGGGCCACCCCCAGGUGGUGAAGGUAGGAAACAACAUCUCCACUUCACUGAUCCUCAACACUGGGGCCCCACAAGGGUGUGUGCUCAGCCCCUCCUGUACUCCCUGUUCACCCAUGACUGCAUAGCCAUGCACGCCUCCAACUCAAUCAUCAAGAUUGCAGACAACACAACAGUAGUAGGCUUGAUUACCAACAACGAUGAGACAGCCUACAGGGAGGAGGUGAGGGCUCUCAGAGUGUGGUGUCAGGAAAAUAACCUCUCACUCAACGUCAACAAAACAACAGAGAUGAUAGUGGACUUCAGGAAACAGCAAGAUGGAGUAACCCCCUAUCCACAUCGAUGGGACAGCAGUGGAGAAGGUAGAAAGUUUUAACUUCCUCGACAUACAUAUCACUGACAAACUGAAAUGGUCAACCCACACAGACAGUGUGGUGAAGAAGGCACAACAGCGGGAGGCUGAAGAAAUUUGGCCUGUCACCUAAAACCCUCACAAACUUUUACAGAUGCACAAUUGAGAGCAUCCUAUCAGGCUGUAUCACCGCCUAGUACAGCAACUGCACCGCCCACAACCGCAGGGCUCUCCAGAGGGUGGUGCGGUCUGCACAACGCAUCACCGGGGGCAAACUACCUACCCUCCAGGACACCUACAGCACCAGAUGUCACAGGAAGGCCAAAAAGAUCAUCAAGGACAACUACCACCCGAGCCACUGCCUGUUCACCCCGCUAUCAUCCAGAAGGCGAGGUCAGUACAGGUGCAUCAAAGCUGGGCCCGAGAGACUGAAAAACAGCUUAUAUCUCAAGGCCAUCAGACUGUUAAACAGCCAUCACUAGCACAGAGAGGCUGCUGCCUACAUACAGACUUGAAAAUCACUGGCCACUUUAAUAAAUGGAACACUAGUCACUUUAAUAAUGCCACUUUAAUAAUGAUUACAUAUCUUGCAUUACUCGUCUCAUAUGUAUAAACUGUAAUCUAUACUAUCGUAAUAAUGUUUACAUAUCUUGCAUUACCCAUCUCAUAUGUAUAUACUGUAUUCUAUGCUAUCUAUUGCAUCUUAGCCUAUGCCGCUCUGACAAUGACAUUGCUCAUCCAUAUAUUUAUAUAUUCUUAUUCCAUUCCUUUACUUCAAUUUGUGUGUAUUAGAUAUUUGUUGUGGAACUGUUAGAUAUUACUUGCUAGAUAUUACUGCACUGUCGGAACUAGAAGCACAAGCAUUUCGCUACACUCACGAUAACAUCUGCUAACCAUGUGUAUGUGACCAAUACAUUUGAUUUGAUUUGAAAUCAUAUAACAUGCAGAAUGGGUGAAUAAAUCCUAGAUGAUGAGUUUCCAGGAAGUAGACAUGUCAGACAGACUCUAAAGGGGCCUCACUUCUGCUUUACUGUCACAGCCGAUGUCUGCUGCAUGGAAAACAGGGUUUAAAGCCAGACUCAGCAUUCUUGAACCAUCACACACACACUUACACUCACAUGCACGCACACACACACCACCACCACCAUCACCAUCACCACCACACAAAGCCUGGGAGAAGAAUAUUACCUUUGCUUGAAGCCAGAGAGAUUGUUUCUUGAUAAUGUCUUUUCAUUGUCUUUAUGAGAUUCUCAUUCAUACCUACUAAUGCCAACAGUUACUGCCAGAUGUAAUGGUGUGAGUCUGAUUGACCGGUGGUUAACGUCAUGUGACUCUCUCUGUCUCUCUGACAGAACUACACAGACUGUGGCUGCAUAGGGGUCAGCGGAUCCUAUGGUUAUGCGUUGCCAGGGACAUGCGGUAGUGGCUGUAAACACCUUCUCCUGCCCUUCAUGGUUCUCUCUGCCCUCACCUGCUUCAUUGCAUCAUUCUCACAGACCCCAUCCUACAUGAUGAUACUGAGGUAG